AUGAUCGAAGAGACUCGCAUCACUCAACCCGAAACCUCCGCCGAUCUUUCAGAAAAGGCGAUGUCCAUCAAUGCGUCCAUCGCUCGACUUCAGGAAAUACUCAAACGAUAUGGACCUACCGGUGCCUCGGAUAACUUUUCUGGCAAGGCACGAGACCAACUCAAGAGGGCCGUGUAUCAUUUUCGCAAGGAUGCCCUGCGAGAUAUGGCAGCAAAUUUGGAUAGCAUGCAGAAUGUUCUGAACACGACGCUUUUAGUGUAUGCUUGGGCAAAUUUCCAAUCGUUGAAUGUAGUAUUGACCACAAGUGGCACAGAUAUCAAUGGGAAGACACUAUUCGCAUCUCCCAAGAAAUCCAGCACAUGGUAA